GUCGGCGUUCACACGUCUACUUCGUACUAAACAGGUCUCGGCGUACGAUUUUUUCAUCUUUUUCUGCUUCGCCGUAAUUCAACUGGAAACUCAUUCAGCAAAUGAAAUCAAGCUAAACCAAACACGGCUAAUAAACUAAUCUGAUUGGUCGCCUGACUGCCUAUGUCUCCUCCCCUUUGACCUGUAACGAGCCAUCACCGAAUGACUUGGUAGCUAAGCGAGUACGAUAAUUGGGUAUCAAACAGGAGUGUUGGAUGUUAUUAUAUUUAAUGUAAAUUGCUAAAAGCAAUAUUCGAUAACUCUUUUAUCUUUUGUAACCACAUCUCGCGUUUGUAGCGGAGUGUCCUGUCAGUGUGUGCGCUUCUAUCUCUGGGUUUACCAAAAAGCUGCUUGAAAAAAAAAUACAACAAACGGAUAACAAUUCACUUGCUCUUUAAUAUAGGCUUAUUCUAAUGCGGUAUUUUGAUAUUUGAAAUCACAAGUUUUUUAUUUGUUACUAUACUUAGUGUCCUUGAAUUCAUCAUUGCUAAGCUAGCAAACGGAACCAUGGACGCAGUUCUGGACUCAAUCUAUCCGCGAUUUGUGUCCCGUCUUGCCAUCCCUAAUUAUCCGUUUGCACCUCAUAUCCUAGGCCUACCGUCUAGGGGCUACCUGGAGAAUCCGUUUCACCAUUUGCAUCCGAACUCGCUAUCAUUGAGACAAAUCGAAGGAUUCCCAGGACUAAUGGCCAAAUCGGACAUCGCUAGCCCAACAACUUCGGAAGCCAGAAGUGAUGACGACUGCAGAUCUGAUAUUGACGAUAAAGAUGGAAAUGGCGGGAAAAGACGGCGCAGUCGAACUAACUUUACUGGCUGGCAGCUAGAAGAACUUGAGCGGGCCUUCACGGAGAGCCACUAUCCGGACGUGUUCACGCGUGAAGCCCUCGCCAUGAGACUUGAUCUCGUAGAGUCCCGCGUACAAGUUUGGUUUCAAAAUCGCAGAGCAAAGUGGAGGAAAAAGGAAAACACAAAAAAGGGCCCAGGUAGGCCAGCUCACAAUGCACAUCCUACGACAUGUAGUGGUGAUCCAAUCCCGCCCGAAGAACUAAAACACCGCGAGCAACAGAAACUGGAAAAGAAACGUCAGAAGCAAGAAGAACGUGCGCGAAAAGCAUCUCUUAGACAAAAUCUGAAGAAAGGCUUGAAACUAGUAGGAACGGAUGUUCAUGACGCCCCGUCGGAAGCCUCGAACGAUACGGAACGUUCAAAUGCAUAUGAAAACGCAAAUAUGACGUCGCCGAUACCGGUAGUAAAUUGUCAAGAAGGAGAACCCCUUGAACAGAAGUCGUCCAAAUUAGAAGAAACAAAACAAAUUGAGAACAAUGAGUCAGAGUUAAGGAGGUCGCCAACAUUGAAGAGCGCACGCCCGAGUCUACUAUCGCCGACGGGCAGAGUUGACCAGCGACACGAAAAACGAAAACUCUUUAGCAUCGAUAGAAUACUAGCAACGAAUCAUGGCGACAAAUUGCCUCCUACGAGUGGAGCCCCUAAGUUUAGGCCGAAUUUGUUUUUCCCAGUGCCUGCGUCCCUGCUUCACGGGUACGCAUGCAACCCUGGACUCUUGCCCUAUGAGGGACUUCUUCAGACCUCGACGUUUCUGAACUCUUUACCUCUUCCUUUCGGGGAGAACCGGAAGACAAUGAGUGUAGAGGUGCUAAGAAGGAAAGCAGAACAACACAGGGCAGCUAUUGCCAAUCAUAAAAUGGAAUCCGAUUGAAUGUCACGUUGGUUUGGAACAAUGAGACAUCAUCAAAACAAACGUGUUCAUUUAUAAACAAAAAUCGACCGUCGGGACAGAAAGAGCUAUUAUUAUGAUUAUCAAAAUCAUCAACAUAAAAACAUGAGUUUUUAAGAACCAAGUGACGACUUCCGUGUGAAAGGUUACAAUUCUGAAGGAUGUAGAUUGUAGAUGUAUGCGGAAUAUAUUGUAAUAAGGUUUAUGUUGUAUUUUAUUUGUAUAUUUUAUUAGUUGUUGAUAUUGAUGUUUAUUUAAUUAUCUUGUAAUUAUACUGUACAAUCUCAUUCCAGCUUUGUUUCACUGAUACGUUUUAUAUAUCAGAAAAUAUAAAUAGAUAAACUUUCAGUAACUAUAGAAUUCGUAUUGGCAUAAUAAUAUCAUACUUCGGAUAUAGCCCACAAAUACAUUUUUUGUCGCUGUUCUAUAUUUUAUUUUCCCACCCUUUAAUAAGUGUUUAUUCUUAUAUUGAAGAAAAAAAUAUCAACUGUAUGUAUACAGAUAGAGAAUAACUUAUGUUGCAAUAUAUGCUUAUCAUUAAAUUAUGGUAGAAGAUUUGUUAUUAUAUUUAUAAUGUUACAGAAUGUACGUGUGAUAUGUUUAAUAAUGUAAACAAUAAUGAAAACCUGGAUAUUCAAACUAAAUCUGCUACGAGGGUAUUUAUUAAACUACAGGUCACCUUCCGAUUAAAGACCACAUUUUGGACCGGAGUUCCCAUGGCCUUUAACAGCCUUGGUCUCUAUUUAGAAUAAUAAAGAUAAAAUACAUUUCUUAAUUUGGGACCACCGGAAAGUGGUCUCUUUAAAUGGAGGUGGUCUUUAAUUAGAGAGAGAGACCUGUUUUUUAAAACGUUAACGUCCUUUAAAAAAACUUAAUAUAAUAGGCAUACUUUCCAGAAAAAAAAAGAUGUAUUUAUUUCAAUUUGAUAGUUUAUUUUCUUUAAGAGAGCUUGAUUGUCUUAUUACGUCAAUAUAUUUGUUUGUCGUCAAAGAACGUGUUAUAUAAUAACAAAAUCAUUUCCAAAUCAAAUAUAAUUUUACGCAUGCACAGAACUUCGCAUGGAAAUUAACUAGUUGCAGGGAUUUGCUAUGUAAAGUUAAGCCAAUCAUUUGGUUCGUACGUUACUUGUCUGGAGUAGAAAUUAGCCAAUCGCUUGGACUGUACGUGCCAGUAAAUCUGAAUCUGAUUGUUUGAAGAACCUAGUUAGCAAUCAAUCGGUAGCCAAGACAAGACAUACAGUCACAGCGUAUACUAAUGUAGGAUUCGUUUAUUAUAAAAUCUUGUUUUCAAUCACAUUUUCCUGAAACUAGAUCUUGCUUUAGAUAUGAUUGAGCAAAAUAUUAUCUGCAUUUUUUGGAUUUAAUAUAUUAACUUAUUUCUAUUAAACUCGUUUCAAAGUUAAUUCCAUAAAUUAAAAUGUAUAAUUUUGAUGUAAACAAUCAAUUUAUAUUAAAACGUGUAAAGACUGGAUAUUAAUCGCUGGUAUUACAACAUAAUUGUAUUUGAAUUUGUAAAUAAUGUUAAGUAAUUUAAGUGAUAUUAAAUGUUGUGUUUCGAAUUUAAAUAAAAAACAUUUCAAAUGAA